AUUGUAUCGAUGGGAGAUCACAUGAAAUUUUGUCCAUAAUAGAGAAUAAACAUUGAAACUCACUUUUAAUGUGACAGUCCUCCUGUUAGUUUCGAGCGUUUUGAUAUUGCUGUUCGAAAUUUCUAUAAAUCGCGUUCUAUUCGGUAUUAAAAAAAACAAGCAGUGACUUUAUCGUGUUUUUUGAAAUUAAAAAAAAAGUGAGUGUCAUUUUCUUGAAUUUGGCGAUCGUCAAGUUUAUUUUUGGAAAGGUGGCAAAUACACAAAGUUUAUAUGGAUAAAUAAAGAGACGAAACAUUGUCACAAUGGCGAAAAAACAAGACAAAAUAAUUCUUAACGGAAAAUGUAAGUUUCCUACCUAUUGGGAAUCUUACAAAGAUUACAUGAAUGAUAAUUCGAAAAAUAUAAUUAACAUUAAACAAUUUAGGAGAUUUAGUAUAGUGUUAAAGGAUAAUGAUAAUUCAAAUUUAAUGAAAUUCGUCAAAAUGUGCCUUCACGACAAAUCUGAAAUGAUGUUUAAUUUUUACAUAAUUAUUUCACAAAUAAUUAUUCUUAAUAUCAAUGAGACAAUUGAAAUCCCGAUUGAGAAUAAAAUAUUAGAACGUCUAAUUAACGAUGCAGGAAUCAUUGAAUUACCAUCAAAAAUAAGUCUGUUUUUCGCAAUAAAAUUACUUAAUCGUGAGCAAUUAGAUUAUCUGCUUAAAAUUGGAAAUAAUAAAUACGGAUUUAAAAUUCCAAAUGACGAGUACAGAAAAUUCAUAAGUAAUCCGGAAAUAAAAAUACCAUAUUCCUUCACCAAUAAAAAUAGAAAGGAAAUUCAUCGAGGGGACAAUGGAUUAUUUUUUAAUAAAAGAGAAAAAAAUUUAAUGGAUUCUCCGAUUAUGCUGAAAUUAUUCUUACGAGCUGUUUUCUAUUAUUUCAAGGAACUUGAAAUUAAAUUAUUAGAAAAAAAAGUAAUUAGUACCUGCAUUUUGAGAGACAUUGCAAUUCGCACGGCAGGGAAUAUGCACCAUAACGUGGCAAGUUCAAAUAAUAAUUUCUUGGCUGUCAUAAAUUUCUUUCUUCAUUCCAAUGUUAAUGAUUUAAUAAUAACAAUAAAGUAUUUCGACAGUACUUUUGAAAAUGAAUUGAAACAAAGAAUUUUAUUCAAACCAAUUGAGAUACAAUCCAGUGAAUUAAAUCAUUAUUUUGAUAGUUCAAAUGAUUUAAAUUAUUUUCAAGGGUAUGAUAAUGAAAAAUUAUACAAAAUCAAUUUAAAUGAAACAUUCAUAAAUUGUAAUCCAUUUGGAGGUGUAAAUUUAUUUUUUGGAAAACAAUUUCCACAAAAACAUGAAACAAAUAAGAGAAAUAAUUCAGAUCCAUUAUUUACAAUGAAUUUACAAAGGAAAAUAAAAACAAGUAAAGCUCAAGAAACUGAAAAUGAAAAUUCGGACAAAGAUCGUGAUAUUCAUCAAGAAUCAAAUUCAGUACCAUUGAAAAAGAAGAAGUCUAAUGAUGUAGAAAAUAAUCAUCAAAAUUCAAUGGAUUUUUGUGAUCGAGAAAAAGAAACUGAUCUAGACUCAAAUGGAUCAUCAACAAUAAAUAAUGAGAAUAAUGAUCGAGAAAAUGAAGAGCAACUAUUAAUUGAUGAUCUGACCAGAGAGAAUGAUAUUAAUGAAGAAUUAUAUCCACCGCCAAUGAAAAAAAAGAAAACGAAUGAUGGAGAAAUUAGCAAUCCAAACAUGAGUGUUGAUUUGAUGAUACAAGAUGAUAUUAACCAGGAAUCAAAUUCUUUAUUAUUAUCAGAAUCAUAUGAUCAUGUGCAAUUAAAAGAAACUCAUCAGGAAUGUUCACAUGAAAAUACAGAAAAUUCUUCAAAUGAAAUAGUUACGUCAACAAAUGAUUCUUCAAAAAAUACCCAAUUAUCGACAUAUGAGGAAGAAUUAAUAGUACCAGAAAUAGAGACCAACAUGAAAGAUGAAAUUAGAUCUGAGAACUUACAGAAGGAAUGUGAAGAGGAAGUUAUAAUUAUUUGUGAUAAAAAUGAUAAACAAGAAAUUGAAAUUAUUGUAGAUGAUGGAGACAAUGAGGUCAAAGGGAAUUUAAUAAUAAAAACAAUUCAUUAUUAUAAGAAUCAGGAUUCAUUCUUCGAUGACAUAAAUUCAUCAGUUACCAUGAAGCAAUUAUUACAUUAUUUCUCAAAUAAAAACAUUAUUUCAAAUAAUUUAUUAUUAACUUCAAAAGGAAAAUAUUAUUCAUCAGAAUGUAGAAUAUCGGCAAAUACAAUUUUCGGACAGUUGGUUAACGAUUCAAUAAAUGAUGCAAAAUUUUUGUUUAAUAUCAUAAUUCCAAAUAGUGAAGUUACAUUCACUUUAAAAAACCAAUUUUUAUUAUGUAAAAAUGGAAAUUCAAAAAUUUUUAUUUCUAGCAUAUCUUCCGAAAAAAAGUUUUAUCUAGUUUCGACAAAAAUCAUUGAAAGUGGUGAUUAUAUCAUUAUUAACCUUUGAAUAACUUUGAAUUCACUGUAAGCAAAAUAUUUUUUGAAAGAAGAAAUAUUGUAAAAUAAUAUUAUUUAUAUAUUAAACUAAAUGCGUUACAUUAUUUAGUUAUAUACGAUUGAAAAUAAAAUAUGUAAUAAAUGU